UGAGAGUCGGAGAAGGAGAAGAAGAAGAAGAGUAAGGUCAAUCAAAGCUUCACUACUCUGCUUUGAAGUGUGACACUAUGGCGUCGCUUGCUUUGUCCUUUCCUCCAGCCGCGGCUAAGACGCCGUCCUAUUUAGCCUCGUCGUCUUCGAACUUCUUAUCCUCUUCUUCCUCUUCUCUCUCGUUCACUACCUCUCAGUCUCACUCCCGAAACUCUGUUUUCUCUUGUAUUAAAUGCGAUCUUGGUAAUGGGAAUCCAAGUAUCCCAAUCAUCAACGAGAAGACACUUCCAAAGUUCUUGGAAUCCGCCCGGAUGGAGAAAUCAGUCAACAGAACCAACAACACCAGGCUCAAGUUAUUCUCCGGUACAGCAAAUCCAGCACUCUCUCAAGAGAUAGCUUGGUACAUGGGCUUAGAUCUUGGCAAGAUCAAGAUCAAGAGAUUUGCUGAUGGAGAAAUCUACGUCCAGCUUGAAGAGAGCGUUAGGGGAUGUGAUGUCUACUUGGUGCAGCCUACUUGCACUCCAACUAAUGAGAAUCUCAUGGAGCUUUUGAUUAUGGUUGAUGCUUGUCGAAGAGCGUCUGCUAAGAAAGUUACUGCUGUGAUUCCCUAUUUUGGAUAUGCAAGAGCUGACAGGAAGACACAAGGGCGUGAAUCCAUUGCUGCCAAAUUGGUUGCUAACCUUAUUACGGAAGCUGGUGCAGACCGAGUGCUUGCAUGUGAUCUUCAUUCAGGACAGUCAAUGGGUUAUUUUGACAUUCCAGUUGAUCAUGUGUACUGUCAGCCGGUGAUACUUGACUAUCUUGCUAGCAAGUCAAUUGCCGCACAGGAUUUGGUUGUUGUUUCUCCUGAUGUUGGUGGAGUAGCUAGAGCACGCGCUUUUGCUAAGAAGUUAUCAGAUGCUCCACUUGCCAUUGUGGAUAAAAGGCGUUCUGGACACAAUGUUGCUGAGGUCAUGAACCUCAUUGGUGAUGUGAAAGGGAAGGUGGCAGUAAUGGUUGAUGAUAUGAUUGAUACUGCUGGAACCAUUGUGAAAGGAGCAGCUUUGUUACACCAGGAGGGUGCUCGUGAGGUCUAUGCUUGUUGCACUCACGCUGUUUUCAGCCCGCCAGCGAUAGAGAGAUUAUCAGGAGGUUUGCUUCAAGAAGUGAUAGUGACAAAUACAUUACCAGUAGCUGAGAAGAAUUACUUCCCGCAGUUAACAAUCUUAUCAGUGGCUAAUCUUCUUGGUGAGACGAUUUGGCGUGUCCAUGAUGAUAGCUCCGUCAGCAGCAUUUUCCUGUGAUCUCGUCAUCUCUUUCUCAUUGCAUCAUUUUCUUGCUUUUGUUAGUCGGUGUAGAAUCCGGUUUACCAAGUUUUCUUGCUUUGUGUCCUCAUAGUUUAUAGACUUUUCUUGUUUGGUGAACAUCUCAUUAUGGAUUUAACAAUUGGUCUUGACCCGGUUUUGAUUUAUGGUAUACACAAAGAUUCUAAAGUUGAUUCAUG